UAGAGAUGUUGUGUCGUGGAAUGCGAUGGUGGCGGGGUUUGCGCAGUGUGGGCACGGUGAGGAGGCGGUUGAGAUGUGUAGGGAGAUGGUGGAGAGAGGGAGGGUGAGGCCGGAUGCGGGGACGAUGGCGAGUGUGUUGCCCGCGAUGUCUGGCGCGAGAAUCGAGGAUGUUGGGUUCGUGAGAAAGAUGUUUGAUGAAAUGGGGAGUAGGGAUUUGGUUGCUUGGAAUGCGAUCAUUGCGAUUUAUGCGAAUAAUUCGAUGGCAGCAGAAGCAGUGGAGAUUUUCUCGAGGAUGGAGAAGAUUGGGAUUGAGUCGGAUGCAGUUACGUUUGCGAGUGUUCUUCCUGCUUGUGGGGUUGUCUCAGCUUUGUCGAUUGGGAAGAAGAUACAUGAGUGUAUUAGGAGGAAGAAGAUGUUCCCGAAUCUUUUUUUAGAGAAUGCGCUCAUGGACAUGUAUGCGAAUUGCGGAUGCGUGAAGGAUGCAAGGGAGGUUUUCAAUGGAAUGGAAGGAAGAGAUGUAGUUUCUUGGACUUCCAUCAUCUCAGCUUAUGGAAUGUAUGGGUAUGGAGAAGAAGCAGUUGCCCUCUUCGAAAAGAUGCUGGAAUCCGGGCUCAAACCUGAUCACAUUGCCUUUGUGUCGAUUCUCUCAGCGUGCAGCUACUCUGGUCUUCUUGAACAUGGGAGGCGAUAUUUCAAGUGCAUGACUUUUGAGUAUAAGUUGGUUCCUCGAAUAGAGCACUUUGCUUGCAUGGUUGACUUAUUGGGUCGUGCUGGCUGUGUCCGUGAAGCUUAUGAUUUCAUUAGACAGAUGCCAAUAGAUCCCAACGAGAGAGUUUGGGGUGCUCUUUUAGGUGCUUGUCGUGUUCAUUCUGAUAUGUCUAUUGGGUUGAUUGCUGCAGACAAUUUGUUCAAAUUAGUUCCUGAGCAAUCGGGGUAUUAUGUUCUAUUAUCCAAUAUUUAUGCUCGGGCAGGCAGAUGGGAGGAUGUCACCUCAGUGAGGAAUAUCAUGACAAGUAAAGGCAUCAAGAAAUUGCCCGGUUGUAGCACUGUAGAAAUUGGUAAUAAAGUGCAUACUUUUCAUAUUGGAGAUUGGUCACAUCCACUGUCUAAGAAAAUUUAUGAGGAGCUGGAUAUCUUGAUGGGAAGAAUUAAGGAAGCGGGAUACGUUGCUGAUAUUGAGGCUACUUUACAUGAUGUGGAGGAUGAGGAUAGGGAAAGCCAUCUCUCUGCACAUAGCGAAAAACUUGCUAUUGCUUUUGCAAUGAUAAGUACUGGACCCGAGACACCUAUUAGGAUAACGAUGAACCUUAGAACAUGUGGGGAUUGCCAUCAUGCUGCCAAGCUUAUAUCUAGUAUCAGUAAACGGGAGAUCAUACUCAGAGAUUCAAAUAGGUUUCAUCACUUUAAACAUGGAGUUUGUUCAUGUGGGGAUUACUGGUGAUGUGGCAGGUGCGGAAGUUUUGAAUAUUUGCAUUGGAAUGACUGGUCAGCUGCAUGAGUCUAGCAGAUGUGAAAAACCCAGUUUGGCCUUUUGGUUCACAGAGGGACAUCCAGUGAUAUUUAUUUUUCUUGAGAACAUUGCCAAAAGAAGAACAGGUCAGAAAUUUCCACGAGUGAGAUAAACAACUUCACUAUAGCUUUAAGCAUGGUGGAUGGUCUUUUCAAUCGCAAAUCAGAUUACACAUUAGAGAACUUCCGGUUUAGAAUGAGAUUAAUUGGUUAUCUGUCAUACAUUCUUGCAAGGAAAAUCACAUUGGCAAAGCAACAUUUCGGACAGGUAUGGUACUGGAAGAUCCUUUAAAAGCCUGUCAGGUCAAGGCUAGAAAGUUUCGAGAGAAAAAGCAGAGAAGUUUCUUUGUCCUGAUCACUACUGUUAAGCCGUCAAAUGCAUCAGGGAUGAAGAAGGACAUCUUUUCGCGGAAUAUAGUUGUCAAAGUUACAUCAGGGAUGCAGUUUUGGU